AUGUUCCUUGACUAUACCCCUGGUCUCAAAGACCCCUUUACUCAAUCAAAUAACGAUGGUCCUAUAAAAUUAGUGCAUAUACGUAAUCACCAAAGGAACGGCCGCAAAAGUGUGACGACAGUUCAAGGGCUCGAAGAAAGUCUGGAUUUAAAAAAAAUGGUUCGCGCAUUAAAGAAGGAAUUCUCUUGCAACGGAACUGUUAUAAUGCACGCGGAACAUGGAAACAUUAUACAACUUCAAGGAGAUAAGCGACAGGACGUCGUCAAGUUCCUUGAGAGAGAGAAUCUCGUCACACCAGAUCAAAUCAGAAUACACGGUGCAUAA